AUGAAGUCAAUUGGGAUUUUCACGUUAUCGUUAUUUGCGUUGACCACAAUAGCUCACGUUGCUGUGGAGAAACAAUCUUCUGGAAACGCUGCAAACUUGCCAUUGUUUUACGAUAAUGGAGAUAUUAACUUAGAUUCAUUAAACCAUAAACUACAAGAUUGUUCAGUUGUUGAUCAGUUGAACCAUUUGAAAACUGAAGAAUUCGCUAAAGAGUCAGAGUCACUAAUCUCAUACGUUUUUUCCAAACUAUUCCCUUUUGAAAACCCUGGAUUGAAUGCAAUCUUGGCUACAACUUACAUAUCAGGCCCUCCAAAUUUGAUCCUAAGUUUCAUUCCAGCUUCUAUAAACCCAUCAAAACUAUCAUUAUUGGUGAGUUUUGCCAUUGGUGGGCUUUUAGGUGAUGUGUUUUUACAUUUAUUACCACAAACUUUUGUUGGUGAAACUAUAGAUCAUGGGAAAGUUUCAUUUGUUUUGGUUGAUGAAAAGAGAAAUACCAUUUUAGGGUUAUUUAUAUUCAUUGGGUUUAUUGCAUUUUUCGUUAUUGAUAAGAGCUUAAGAAUUUUACAACAUGAACAAGGUGUUGAAAGCCAUGGUCAUGGUCAUAGCCAUACACAUUCUUCAACUUCAACAGGUGUGGAAAGUAAGGAAACUGAUGCUGAAUUAAGAAAAAGAAAGAAAAAUGAUGAGCCAAGUGGUGAUGAGCCAGUUAUUGCUAAUCCAAACUCAAGUGUUAAAGCUAGUGCUUACUUGAAUUUGAUUUCAGAUUUCACUCAUAAUAUCACUGAUGGUUUGGCAAUUUCUGCAUCUUUCUAUAUAAGUAAAUCAGUUGGGUCCACUACAUGCCUUGCUGUUUUCUUUCAUGAAAUCCCACAUGAAGUUGGUGAUUUUGCUUUAUUGAUCCAAGGUGGGUUUACUAAAUGGCAAGCUAUGAAUUCACAGUUCUUAACUGCAAUUGGUGCUUAUCUAGGUACCUUUUUAGGUAUUUUCAUUCAAAACUUAGGUCAACAAUCUACAACUACUGGAGAUGUUGUUAGUAACGUCUCACCUGGUUUAUUUGGUACUAGUGUGCAAACUGGUGAUUUGACAUUACCAUUCACUGCUGGAGGUUUCUUAUAUAUUGCCACUGUUGGUGUCAUUCCUGAAGUUUUAGAAUUACAAAGUGAAAAUUCCAGAAAGAAAGAAUUGAUUAAUGGUGUGCUACAAUUGGCUUUCGUCUUUAUUGGGAUUUCAUUAAUGUUUUUAAUUUCAUGGUUUGAAUAA